CAGAGACUGAAGCAGGACUACCUUCGGAUUAAGAAAGACCCAGUGCCUUACAUCUGUGCUGAACCCCUCCCUUCAAACAUCCUUGAAUGGCAGGCGCUUGUGCUGCUGAGCUAUAUCCUCGGCCCAUUGCUUGGAUCAUUCUAGGAAGACUUCCUUAUGAGCUGAGUGAAGGGCACAUCAUCUGUGCGUUCUCAGAAUACAAGGAGAUUGUUAACAGUAAUUUUAUGUGACACAAGAACACUGAGAAAUCCAAAGGAUUCUGUUUCCUGUGCUAAGAAGACUAGAGGAGCAUAAUUCUGGCCUUUGAGACUUUUAAUGGAAUUAAGAUCACAGGAAGAGCCAUCUACAUGGAUCCUGUGUCUAUCAGGCUCCUAAGGACUCAAAUGAAAUGGAUGAUAUGACCACACAGUUUCAGGAUAAGAACUGGAGGUGACAUCCCCUGCACCGGGUUCCUCUGCGAGUUCUGAAGAUGACAAAUCCACAGAAAAAUACAAAAAACAGGAAAAAAGGAAAAAAGACAAAGCGAAGACUGACCAGGAGGUACAGUCAGAGCAGUCAUGGUGCUUCUCACCACCCAGAAGCAAGUUGGUAAAGGAAAAGGAUGACCCUGGUCCUAAGAAGCACAGCAACAGGCACUCAGAGAGGCUCAGAAACCCGUCGGGAGUAGGGAGGAAGCACCACCCAAGCUCCACUAAGCACAGGGCUUCCUGCUGUGAUGGAGCAGAGGACCCAGAAAGGGACUCCAGGAUGGAGAAACUCAAGCAUAAUUACACCUUCUCAAGAGGAAGAAAUGAGAGAAGACAAGAGCAGGGAUCAGACAGAGAGCAAAGCCCAGACGCAUUCUAGCCAGCACAGUGGGCAUUUUGAAGGGGAGAGUCCCAGAAGUGGAAGCCGAGACAAAUCCCAGAGGCACUAUGUUGUCCGAGGCCCUGAGAUGACCCCUUAUGAAGGCUGUGCAGGGCUGUGCUGUGGCAGAGUCACCGUCUGUUUUCUUGUGCUCCAGGGAAGCCUGGAUGGUUUUGGAGCACCGGAACACAAUGAUCCAGGAGAGGAAAGGGGUGGCUAUUAUCAUGGAAAGCUGAUUUUCCCCAGAGAAUUUCCUUUUAAGCCUCCUAGUAUUUACAUGAUAACGCCUAAUGGAAGGUUUAAGUGCAAUACGAGGCUGUGUCUCUCCAUCACGGACUUCCACCCUGACACGUGGAACCCAGCCUGGUCCGUCUCCACCAUCCUGACUGGGCUCCUCAGCUUCAUGGUGGAAAAGGGCCCCACGCUGGGCAGUAUAGAGACAUCGGACUUUACGAAAAGACAACUGGCAGCACAGAGUUUAGCGUUUAAUUUAAAAGAUAAAGUUUUUUGUGAAUUAUUUCCUGAAGUUGUGGAGGAAAUUAAACAAAAGCAGAAAGCACAAGAUGAACUCAGUAGCAGGCCGCAGACUCUCCCCCUGCCAGAUGUGGUUCCCGAUGGGGAAACGCACCACGGCCAGAACGGGAUCCAGCUUCUCAACGGGCAUGCGCCUGGUGCCGGCCCGAACCUGGCAGGGCUUCAGCAGGCCAACCGGCACCAUGGACUCCUGGGUGGUGCCCUGGCGAACUUGUUUGUUAUAGUUGGGUUUGCAGCCUUUGCCUACACGGUCAAGUACGUGCUGAGAAGCAUAGCGCAAGAGUGAGCCACAGCCCAGUCACUGCGGGGGACGAAGGCACCAGAGUUUGACUUGGGCCAGUGGGACGUGCUGCCGAGCCAGGGCAGGCUCACCAGACUCCUGGGUUUCACUUUUUAAAAACCUUAAAAGGAAAGCAAAAACCAAAACGUGUGAUUUGGAGGAAACUCAAGAUUCUCAGCUUCUUUUCUCACCCAGUGAAGUGUCUACCGGGGGUGGCAUCGCCGAUGGCGGCUCAUGCUUUGGUUUUAUAGCUUAUCUCCUGUAUUGUCUUUUGGACCUGUUUAGUAGACCUGUUUUUCAUUUUAUUAGAAUUGGUCACUUAAAAAUACAAAUUCAAUGCCUGUUUAGUACCCUGCGUGCAUUCUUAAUGGAGCUCUUGACUCCCUGCAGGCUGGAGCUGGAGGUUGGGGUGGGGCCGGCACUGCGAACACUGUCCAGGUGGUAGAGGCUGUGUUGGCUGGCCGGUGACAGCCAUGGACAGGGGUCCAGGAGAGGUGGUUUGGACUCAUCAUAAAAAUGUGUUGUUUAGAAUGAAACAGAUUCCUUCCAGAAAGUGCUUGUUCAUUUCUCUGGCAUGGUAGAAGACUGCUGUCACUCUGGCCACAAGGAGUCGCCCUUUACUUUGAGCCAGAGGCAGGGUGUCUGCCAGAGCCGGCCACAUGUGCUUCAGCCUCACUCUAAUCUGCUUCCUUCCAGCUCCCCGGGUGCUGUGGAGCUGCAGGUCCUGGGUCCUGCAGAGCCUUUUCUCUGAAUUCUCACGCCCAGCUGGCCAGAGCCUGUCCUCCUCUUGUGCUGGAGGCAGGUAGACACCCAAGGCCCCAUGGGCUGGUGCUGUGCACACUGAGGCUUCCCGCGCACUGGUCCUAGUUCUUCUGUGAUGGCCCACACCGCCAGCUCACGGAAGGGGACCUGCACUGGAGGCAGACCGGGCUAGUGUCAGCCAGCCUGGUCUCAGCCUGGGGUCUGUGACUUCCUAUGUGGCCCUCAUCUCCUUUUUCAGCCUUUGUGUUUAAUGACACCACCUGCACACAUGUGGGGAAGAUGCAUCACAGAAAACCAACAUGUGUGAGGCGCCAGAUGGGUGCGGUGCCGCUGUGUCCAAGGGUGCAUGCGGCCACAGGUUGCCACUGGUGCCCUCCUCAUUCCAGUGUUGAGCGGAGGAGCUGGAGCACAGCUUGUGUACUCAUCUCUGCUUUUGUUUUCUGGCCAGUUUAUUUAAAAUUGCCCUCUUGUUUACCACUUGUUAUGUAUUUGACCCACUCUUAUGAAAACCCUUUCCUUGUUCUUUCCUUCCUGAACCCGAUACCAUGCUCUGUGUUAGUGCAGACACCAGUCCUCACCUGGCGGCUCAGAGCUGAGUGUCUGUGCCGAGGCCUCGCCUCCUGCGGGUCCCUGACCUUGUGUCUGUGCUGCCUGCCUGGCCAGAGGCUGCGGUCCCAGAGGUGCCUGUGUGUGGCCGAGGCCCACACGCUCUCCUGUGCUGGAUGCCAGCCACUCGAGGGCAUAUCUGUGGCCGUUGGUGCCAGUUUCCUGAGGCUCUUGGGGCAGAGUGCUAGCAGACUUAGAGUGGACCUAACACAUUUUCCGUAUGUGACAUCCCAACUCGUAACAGCUCCUGGUCAGUGGUGAUGGACCCUGUGGUGCCCACAGUGUGUUGCCUGCACUGACCCAAAUAAAAGGUGACCUUUGUCCUGUUGGACCAAG